CUGCGCGUUUUAAUUCGCUAGAUUGACUGAUAAGCUGACAUCCCAACAAAUUCCCAACCGCGGUCCCUCGACUGUUGAAUACGAACGGCUGUCUUACCAUAUUAACAUCCUUAAAUUGGAUAGCUUCCUGUUAUCUUCUCCUCUCCAUCUUCGAAUCAUUAGAAUUUUAGCCGGCACAGAAUGAACUACAAAGGAAGCUGCCACUGCGGCGCUGCCACGUUCAGCUUCAGCCUGCCCGCUGACAUUUACGAGACCGAAGUCCUCAGCUGCAAUUGCUCAAUCUGCUCGAAGAAUGGCUAUCUGAUGGUCUACCCCAAAGCCUCGGAGAUGACCAUCCAUCACUCGGAGGAUGCCGUUACAGAAUACCGCUGGGCAUCGAAGCAAUACCCGCAUUCCUUUUGCUCGAGCUGCGGGACUAGCCUCUAUGCUAAGGGCCCCGAGGGGAGUGAUCUGAGAGCAGUCAAUGCUCGCACUAUUGAAGGGGUAGAGCUUGAGAAGCUGAAGUUGAAGCCCAUCGAUGGCAGAAGCAUAUGAUUUGCAUAUGCUCAUCGAGUAAUACAGAAUGGCAUGGUGAGAGGAGUUACUGGGGUUGGGGGCUUGAAGGUGUUUGGUGUCUGCCGAAGAGGUAUUUAGUAGUAUGAUAGAUAUAAAGGCUAGAGUUAGGAAGUGUAGCACGCUGUGUUAGUUUACACAACGCAAUUCUCGCAUCAGUGUCUUUGGCUACAAUGCAAUUGCAAUCAAAUUUGCCCAUGAUGUCAACUGCGAUUUACAAUGUAUUGCGAGAAGCACUGACAGUCUAGGGUGAAGAUCCUUAUUUCCAAUUAGCCCUCGAUUUCCACAACGGUCACCUGCGCUCCCGCAGAGAGGGUGUAGGACUCGUGGAAUGAGAUGCCACCGUUGUCAGGGUCUGCAUUGGGUCAAUCAGUUCAAUGAUGCUA